AUACCUGUGAAUGAUCCUUAUGCAUGUACUUCUUUUAUGGGGAUCACACCUACUACUACCAAAAAGCAUCUUGUUCGAGCUGUGUUGGAAUCCAUCGCUUUCAGAAACAAACAGCUGCACGAUAUCAUUACAACAGAGGUGAACAUUCCAUCGAUGUCCAUUCGAGCUGAUGGAGGUGUCAGUAAAAAUAGUUUUGUGAUGCAGAUGACUUCGGAUUUAAUCAAUAAAUCAAUAAACAAGCCUGACAGCACAGACAUGUCUUGUCUUGGAGCAGCUUUUCUAGCAGGCCUUGCUAUUGACUGACAUGAUUUUUAAGCCACAAAGAGAGCCAAAGGAGUAUGAACCUGCCAUGAGUAACUGGAUAAAAGCCGUCUGUCGUUCUCUCUCUUGGUAUAGCCAGGCAUCUCAGUAAUUAAUAUUAUUUAUAUGUUGGACAAUAUACACUAUAUUGCCAAAAGUAUAAGUCUUCCCGACUGAAUUGCUAUUAGUAUUUCCCCCCCCCCCCCCUUUGGAUUCAUUGUUGAGUCACUGACACUGCAUUAGUGCCCAUAAUGUGGUUAGAUAUUUCCUUAGUCCAUGCUUCAUUCAUUUUUAUUAUUCUACAGAUGCAUAUCAGUUAUAACGUGACUUCUCCAAAUUAAUGACUUUUUUUCAUUAUUCUUUGUGCUAAUUACAGUUAGUCUGGAUUUUAACAGACUGAUUUUCAUUUAUCUGUUCUGUAUUAAUAUGAGUAUUGGGUAGAGAAUUUGUAACAACAUCCAUUAGACAUCAGUCAGCAGAGAUCUGCAGCAUGUGGCAUGUCCAUAUGGGAAUACAUGGGGCAGGCAGAGGUUGAGGGGAGCAGAUAGUCCUGCAAGUAGCUCAGUUCUAUGGUAUCUAAAGCUUUAAAGGCAAUAACCAGGAAACUUGAAUUGCACCUGAACAUCUGUUGGGAGCCAAUAUAAGUUCAUGUGGAAGUAAAGGCAAGUGAGCGAUUACUUUUGGUAAUAUAGUGUAACUCACAACUUUAUUUCUGCUUUAAGACUUAAUCGUACUAAGCAGUUAUUGUUCUCAGACAAUAUUCAAGCAAUACAAAAAGUCUCCUGGAAUAGUAGUGAACCCCAAGUCAUGGUCCAGAGACUAAAUUUCAGAGCGUCAUGUUCUAAGUGGUGCUUAUUUAUAAUGGACAGACUUGAUUUUAUUCAUGAGAUCAGUAUGCGGGAAUGUUCAGAUACUACCCUAGCAGAUUUCAUGUGGAAAAUCUAGAUUACGAUUGUAUCACAAAAAUUAUUUCUGCAUAGAUACAAGCAUACCAUAUGCUUCUGUUUUCUACUGUAAAUUGUCUCCUUUUGGUAGAAAUAUAUUUAUUGGAAUGAUCUCCUCCCACUCCAUCCCCGAAUGAAAGAGACACAGAUGCAUCCAUAUAGGUAAAUUGGUUCUAGGAUUGGAGGCUGACUAUCUAGAGUGAAAAGUAGUAAAAGCAUUUUGUUCAUUUUAAGAUUUUUUCUUUAUGCUGAAAACUAGUAAGCUAAAAGUGAAACAUGAUUUCGAAAGCAGCUUCCUGUCAAAUGAUGUUUCAAACGAUAGAAUACAGACAGUAAAUUAGCAUGUGAAUUGACUCACCCUUGCAAUGAUGGCCUUAAUUUUUUAUGGCUUUAAAAAUGGUGAAAUGUGAAGUUUCCAAAUUGCUUAAUUGGAAAUUGGUCAGCUGUCUUCUAUCUAUAUGAAGAAUUUAGGAUUUGCUGAUAGGGCCAGCAUAGUCAGCAUUGUCCAGUAACCUUUGGAAGUCCUGAUAUUCUGAUCUAAGAGAUAGGGAAACAUCUUGGUAUAUCUACCUUUUAAAAGUUAAGAUUUUAGAAUCUUAACUUUAAAUUUAAACAGAAAUGAAAGAAGCAUCUCUCACAUGAUUCCAGUGCAACUGUCAUAAAGAGAUGAGUUUUUUACUCAUUAGAUAAGCCCAAAGUGGAUCUCACUUUGGGCUUAUCUAAACACUUCAGUACCUGAUACUUCAGAACUUUUAAACACUUUAUAGCAGUCAUUAAGUAGUAUAUAAAAUAUUGAAGGUAGAAUAUUUGGGAAAUAGUACAUAUCAGCAUACUGCUUUCUGUGGUAAUUUCUAGAUUACUGUGGUUAAGGUCACACAUUGUUAUGAACCAGAAUACAUGUUUGGUCUAUGUGAAAAAGAUCACUAUCACUUCUUGGCCCAAUCUAGAUUGGUUAAUUGUCUUGGCUGAAAAUGUCAUAUGCCUAGCCUGAAUUUUUAUCAGAUUUUAAGAAAAGUGCAUGAAUUUGACCACAUUACUUUUACAUUUGCAUGGAACCCAGUUAAAUUUGUGCAAAGUAAUUGUAAAUUUUAUUUCUUAGAAAUUAUGCAGCAUCUAAAUUUUGUCACUAGUAGAUUUCAGUUUUAAAUGCUAUGCAAAGUAAUUUUCAAUGCAUUAUAAAUAUCUGAUGCUGAGAUUAAGUCUAGGGCUACGUUCUAUUUUUACUUAAGAAGACAUUUUAUGCUAAUUCGGAUCUAUAAUCAAUUCAGCUCAGUACUCACUGGUAGAAGUUCGGGAGAUUCCUAGUUUUAGAAAUACUGGAAAACAUAGUCUUCAACUUAUGACCAUAAUUGGGACUAGAAUUUCAGUUCCUAAUAUGGACAUUUACUGUGGUUGUUAAGCCAAUCAUGUCAUUAAGCAAAUCAUGCAGUCAUUAAGCGAAUCCAGAUUACCAAUUCAUUCUGUUGUCGGAAGUUGGCUAGGAAGAUCAUAAAUCACCAUUGUGUGACCGCCAGAUGCCGCAACCAUGAUAAAUGAGAGCCAGUUGCCAAGUGCCUGAAUUGCAGUCAUGUGACCACAAGGUGGCACAAGCAGUUGUAACUUCAAAGAUGGGUUUUAAAUCACUUUUCUGCCAAGGCGGUCAUAACAUCAAACCAUCAUUAGACAAAAGGUUGUAAAACAAGGAUUACCUGCAAAUUUGUAAACUUCAUCUUGGUAUUCAAAAAUACUUAGUAGUGAAAUGAAGUUAAUCUUUGUGUCUUAGAGUUUUCUGAGCCAUGUGUAUACUGGCUAUGUAGUGAUAUAUCUUUGGUCAGAGAGAGAUAUAACCUUUGCAACAAGGGAGUCCUUCAUCUACAACAGUGGUUCUCAACCUGUGGGUCGGGACCCCUUUGGAGGUCGAAUGACCCUUUCUCAGGGGUCGCCUAAGACC